ACUACCGUGACCGUGGAGGCAACGACCUUGGGUUGGCCACACUGUCUAGAGAGUAGAGGUUAGGAUUCCCUGGUGCUGUGGGAAACUUUUCAAUAGUUUACUCACAAAUGUUUAUCACAUCACAAAAUGACAUCAAUCUUUAAGGGAAAUUUUGAAUGCAAGGUGAGUUCUGUUCUCAACAAAGAUGUCAAGCAGUUUGGAAAGAAAAAUAUGUUCGAUGGAAGUGAUGAAACUUGCUGGAACUCAGACCAGGGAACUCCUCAGUACAUUUCCGUUCUGCUCGAUAAAGAAGAGGAAAUCAGCAAAAUAAGUAUUCAGUUUCAAGGGGGAUUUGUGGGCCAAGACUGUUGGUUAUCCUCUGUUACUGAGAGUGGAGAGAAAAAUAUAGAUGUAGCCUUCUACCCAGAAGAUAUAAAUUCAGUACAAACUUUUGACAUCAACCCAAUUGUGAAAGCCAAGAAAUUUACUGUUGCUUUUAAUAAAAGCACAGACUUCUUUGGAAGAAUAGUGGUAUAUAAAUUUGAUGCGUAUUCUCCUCACUGACAGAAAAUGUGCUAUGUGUAUUUUUUUAAAAAAUAUCUAUUUUUCAUGAGCUUUUUUAAUUAUUUUAUUGUUAACUGAAUUUUGGAGAUAAUAAAUUGCCAUUGUAAAGUCGGA